AUGCUUCCCAUGCCACCUGAAGUGCACAGGAACGUCUUGUCUCACUCCAACAUUGAAACUAGUUGCACUGUGGUGAAAAUGCACUGGUUAAAAGUGGGCAUCAAUAUUUAUGGGGAUUACUCUGAGAAAAUGGCCCAGAUGGACCAGGAGGAUGUUUUCAUGAGUUGGGGUAGAAGAGGGAGCCUUGAUGGACCCAAUUCAUUGUUUGGCAUUAAAGCCAAGAACAGUUUUUUGAGCCACUGCAAGUGUUUUGACUUCCAAGGGAACCACCACAAGCAAAAUUGCCCUCUCAUCAAGGGCAAGGGUCACACUAGACCCAACAUAUGA